AUGCCAAUUUUGAGGGCACUGUUCUGCGUUCUCCAGAUCCUCGCCUACUACCCCGAAGUGGGCAGUCAGAAUACGGUUGUUGCAUGGGGUCUCUGGUCGGAGUGGCCUGUCUCCUGCUCGGUCACCUGUGGUACCGGACAACGCUGCAGGGAGCGCAAAUGCCUAGAUGGCUUUGGAAAGGUUCAUAAACCCAGUCUGUGUGCCGGGCCGGAGAAGAGUCAGGAGACCGAGUGUUCAACCUGUGUCAUUUCCACCAGAUGUCCACAGAAACCCGGCUGGAGCGAAUGGUCCGAGUGGUCUGUAUGCCAACUUAUCAGAGAUCAAGCCAACAAGAAGGCAGACAAGCGCGGAUGCAGGCCGGGGAACAGGGUUCGUAAGCGCCUUUGCAAUAACCCACCACCGGAACCCGGUGACAAUAGCAUAACAUGUACAGGUGAACCCCAACAAGUUAGAAAGUGUGCCUACGGAUGUCCAGACAUUCCAGUUUUGGAGGACUACAACAUUAAUGCUCGUGUUGGUCAUCAGGUGGAACAGGACCACUUAAUGAGACGCAUUAGCCUCAGAAGCAUAGGCCCCAACGAGGAUGUUGUCAAGAUACGAGCUGUUGGAGAGAGCGUUAUCUUUGACUGUGACACUCCGGCCUACCGACUGGCGAAGGAACUCGCGGACGCUCGAGUCCUAAGCGCUGUUCAAGCGGGUCUGCCCUCUCGCCAAUUACGUGUAUCCUGGCGUUUAGGCGGCCGGCCUAUCACAGAGGGUGCCCCAAAAUUUAGCGAGCCAAUUAGCAAAAGGCAGAAGGACCUGCUGGACGAGGAGACUACCUGGCUGAGCAAACUAAAACACGGCGUGGUUGAAGUUCGGGAGGCCCAGCUUAUCAUGCCCAGUGUGAAACCUGGGGACGCUGGGCUGAUUACAUGUCACCUUUCAAUAGGCCAAGCUCAGUGGACAGCAAUAUUUUUCACCCUCAUUAUCCUUGACCAACGUUUCUCCUCACCAGCACUGAUGCCCUUCUACUUGCACUCGGGUGUCGGCGUUCAUAGUGCGCUCUCUGUGAGUAAUCUGCAUUGGUAUGAUGCCGCCAGACUUGUCUGGAAGCAGAACGGUGAGAUUCAAUUUACCGACCUCCUGGCUCGGCCGGGCGGUCGGAUCCGCCGAAUCGCGCAACUCAACAACACUUAUCAGGGCCAAUGGGACUGUUUCCUCGUGAUUCCCCUUCCUAACGCCCCCACCAUCCAAGCAGUGGAAGACAACUUUACGAUUUCUGCCGUCUACUGGGUAAACUCCUUCUUUCUACGAGUUGCGCCAGAACCACUCACACUCUGGGAGCUGGGUGACAGACCACCUGCCACUGCGCGUAUGCGGCUCAUCUCCCUGAUCACCUCUACAAUUUGUCUGGCUCUGACAGGCGCGGUGGCAAUGACAGUAUGGGCAGUGUGGCGCUGGGUGACCCGAAGUCCAAAUGUUCAGCAGUUGCAGUGUUGUGUGGAGGAGGAGCUAGAGGACAGAACACGACUUGUUCUCACAGCUCAGCACAGGGCACACACUAACAGGGAGUUACUUGUGCCCUUGGUAGAGAAGGAGGAGGAGGCCCUUGAAACUAUGCGAACAGAGGAUCCGGUCGAGGAAGACAAACCAUCCAUAGAUGACCUGGGAUACGAUCUCAGUUAA